AUGCGGACAGCUUCCCGAAGCUCCUUUGCUAAGUCACAGCUCCUGUGCUCAGUGAGGAGAGAUGUGCCCGUCCCUGCUGCCUGCCACGUCUGUGCCCUGAUCAGAAGACCCAGUGCACGUCCUCUGAAGCAGGAGAAGCAGGAGCUGGACAAAGAGCCGGCCCAGGAGCCAGGCCGUGAGAAGGGCCUCCAGGUGGGCCCGGAGCAGGAACUGGGCCUCCAGCGCUGGGCUGGGGCUGUGUGGUUCGCUCGUCACCGCUCACCCCUCACCGUGUGCGUUUGUCUCCUAGGUCUCUGUGCAGGUGAGCAGCGGCGAGGCCUGAGCGUGGCCCUGGCGCUGCUCGGGGCCCUGCUGCUGGCGGGGCCGGCGGGGGCGGAGAGGGCCUGCCCCAAGAACUGCCGGUGUGACGGCAAGAUCCUGUACUGUGAGUCCCACGCCUUCGCCGACAUCCCUGAGAACAUCUCCGGGGGCUCCCAGGGCCUGUCUCUGCGUUUCAACAGCAUCCAGAAGCUCAGAGCCAAUCAGUUCGCCGGCCUGAACCAGCUCAUUUGGCUUUACCUGGACCACAACUAUAUUAGCUCGGUGGACGAGGACGCCUUUCAAGGGAUCCGAAGACUCAAAGAGUUGAUCCUGAGCUCCAACAAAAUCACCCACCUGCACAACAAGACCUUCCACCCGGUGCCCAACCUGCGCAACCUGGACCUGUCCUACAACAAGCUGCAGACGCUGCAGUCCGAGCAGUUCAAGGGCCUGCGCAAACUCAUCAUCCUGCACCUGCGCUCCAACUCGCUCAAGACCGUGCCCAUCCGCGUCUUCCAGGACUGCCGCAACCUGGACUUCCUGGACCUGGGCUACAACCGCCUGCGCAGCCUGUCCAGGAACGCCUUCGCCGGCCUCCUGAAGCUCAAGGAGCUGCACCUGGAGCACAACCAGUUCUCCAAGAUCAACUUCGCGCACUUUCCCCGCCUCUUCAACCUCCGCUCCAUCUACCUGCAGUGGAACCGCAUCCGCUCCAUCAGCCAGGGCCUCACGUGGACCUGGGCCUCGCUGCACAACCUCGACCUGUCCGGGAACGACAUCCACGGCAUCGAGCCGGGCACCUUCCGCUGCCUGCCCAACCUGCAGAAGCUCAACCUGGACUCCAACAAGCUGACCAACGUGUCCCAGGCCACGGUGGACGCGUGGAUCUCGCUCGUGUCCAUCACGCUGUCCGGGAACCUGUGGGAGUGUGGCCGCGGCAUCUGCCCGCUCUUCUUCUGGCUGCAGAGCUUCAAGGGCGCCAAGGAGCACAGCAUGAUCUGCGCCGGCCCCAAGCACAUCCAGGGCGAGCGGCUGAGCGACGCCGUGCUCGCCCACCGCAUCUGCGCGCAGGGCCCGGCGCCCACCGCCGACCAGGACUACGAGCACGUCUCCUUCCACAAGAUCGUGGCGGGCAGCGUGGCCCUCUUCCUGUCGGUGGCCAUGAUCCUGCUGGUCAUCUACGUGUCCUGGAGGCGCUACCCGGCCAGCAUGAAGCAGCUGCAGCAGCACGCGCUCCGCCGGCGCCGCCGGAGGAAGGCCCGCGAGGCCGAGCGGCAGCUCAGCUCCCCGCUGCAGGAGUACUACGUGGACUUCAAGGCCUCGCCCGCGGAGCCGCUGGACGUCUCGGUCAACGGCGCGGCGCCCUGCACCUACACCAUCUCCGGCGCCCGGGAAUGCGAGGUAUGA